AUGCCCUGCCACAGAGCCCUGCGCCCGCUCCUGCUGACACUGUGCUUCCUGCUGCCCGCUGCGCUGGCAGCAGAGCACCCACGGGGCCCGCUGCCCACGCUGUGGAACGAGCCGGCCGAGCUGCCCUCCGGAUCCGGCCCCUUCGAUGCCACCACCACCGCACGGCUCUCCGAUGCCACCGCCUUUGCCCCGUACACCUCCGAGCUGGAGCCCGAGGACACCACCCACCUGCACCGGCUCGAUGCUGGGGACGGCUCGCUGGGGCCCGGAGCUAUCGGUGCCAUUGUCAUCGCCUCCCUCCUGGGUACAUCUGUGCUCGUGGCCUUGGUUGUCAUCACGCUGAGAAAGUUCUCUGCUUCCUGAACUCAAUAAAAG